AUGAGCGACUUCGAAUCAGACAUUCCCAAUAUUCCUGACCAUAACUUGUCGCAGAAGCAAUUUGCCUUGCGCCACUCGUCGGAGAAUGAGCGUGCUCAGAUAAUUGACGACAUAAAGCAGGCAAUUCAGGCUGAAAGCAUGGGACCUUACUACAAGUACUUAACAACAGAGUUACCUCAAUUUUUCCCAUACGACGAUGCCUUCUAUCAAGCUUUGACUAAAGAAAAUGAUGAAAAACUCGCACAAUUACAAAAAAAUGUCUCUGAGGCGGAAAACGACGAGGAGUCCGAGCUCGACGUCAACGCCACGCUCACCUCUCUUGCUGAAUACUACACUCGUAUUAUUGACCGCAAGAAUGCCACUGAAACUUACAAGAAGUUGUUGCUGUUGACACAAAACACAGGCGCUAAAAUUGACAUAUUGCUCUCGCUAGCUCGUAUCGACUUCUUCUUUUUAGACUACCACAAAGUGUCCAAACACUUAACAGAGGUUGAAAGCUUGGUUGAGAAGGGAGGCGACUGGGAACGCCGUAAUAGACAUAAGACAUACCAAGGUGUGUAUCUAAUGGCCACCCGUAAGUUCUCAGAGGCUUCUAAGUUCUUAAUAGACAGUUUGGCCACUUUUACAUCCACAGAAUUGUGCUCGUAUGAGCAAGUCGCUCAAUAUGCCAUCAUAUGUGGAGUCUUGAGCUUGGAUCGGGUUGACUUGAAGGCAAAGAUUGUGGACCUGCCAGAGAUUUUGGCGAUUUAUUCCAGUGCGAAGUCGCUUGAGCCUUUGAUCAGUUUGACCAACUCGUUGUACACAUGCCAAUACAAUUGUUUCUUCCAAUUCUUGUUGGAGAGCAACGACUACUGCUUGAAAAAAGACAAAUACCUCAAUGCCCACGCUAAUUACUUUAUGCGUGAAUUGAGAUGCAAGGCAUAUGCCCAAUUGUUGGAGAGUUACAAGUCGUUGUCAUUGAAGUCAAUGGCACGCAACUUCAAUGUCAGCGAAGAAUUUUUGGAUGAAGACUUAUGUCAUUUUAUUCCAAACAAUAAGAUAAAUUGUACUAUUGAUAAGGUGAAUGGCAUUAUCGAGACAAACAGACCAGACAACAAGAAUAGUCAAUACCACCUUUUGAUCAAGCAGGGUGAUGCUUUGUUGACUAAAUUGCAAAAGUAUGGGGCUGCUGUUAAGUUAAGUGGUACCGAGAGAGUCGCCUAA